AUGAUACAAGAAAAUGAUACCCAAAUCCAUGAGUUCAUCCUCUUGGGAUUCCCUACCAUCAUAGAGCUACAGGCUCUAUUGUUUGUAAUUUUCCUCGUUGUAUAUUUGCUGACUGUCAUUGAAAACAUAGUUAUCAUCACUUUAGUCAUAAGAAAUCACCAGCUCCACAAGCCCAUGUACUUUUUCUUAGGCCAUCUAGCUUUUCUAGAGACCUGGUACAUCUCAGUCACCGUUCCUAAAUUGUUGGUCAACUUUCUGGUGAAGAGUAACAUCUCCUUCACAGGAUGUAUGGCCCAACUCUACUUUUUCAUUGCCCUGGUCUGUACUGAAUGUGUCCUUCUGGCUGUCAUGGCCUAUGACCGCUGUGUGGCCAUCUGCAAGCCGCUGCACUACACAGUCAUCAUGAACCACAGAGUCUGUGUGCACCUGGCCGUGGGCUCUUGGCUGGUUGGCUUUCUGAUGUCUCUGCUAAAAGUCUUCUUCAUUUCCCAGCUCUCCUUCUGUGGUCCUGGUGUCAUCAACCACUUCUACUGUGACAUCAGCCCUUUGCUCAACCUUUCUUGCACUAAGCGGUUAGUUGCAGAGAUGGUGGACUUUGUCUUGGCCUUGCUUAUUUUGUUGAUUCCCCUCUCUGUCAUUGUAAUUUCUUACAUGUGCAUAAUCAGUGCCAUUUUGUUAAUUCCCAAGGCCCAGAACAGGAAGAAAGCCUUCUCCACCUGUGUUUCUCACCUGGCUGUCGUUAUCAUCUUCUUCUCAGCCACCCUCUUCAUGUAUGCCCGACCCAGGAGUAUACACUCCUUGGAUCUCAACAAGCUGGUUUCUAUAAUUUAUACUGUAGUCACUCCAGUGCUAAAUCCAUUCAUUUACUGUCUGAGGAACGAGGAAGUAAAAGACAUUUUGUGGAAAGCCAUGGCUGCUCUCUCCAGAGUUUCAGCAUCUGAUCACUAAUAUAAUGCUUGG